UUUAACAGGUGAUAAGUAACGCUCACGGCAACGUUUUUGUAUAUAUAUAAAAAAGGGCUCGAUUGAGGAAGAAGGGAAAAAGCGCGAGCUCAUUUUUUUCCGUUGGGAGAGAUGGAGAGAGCUGCGUCGCUGUAUACAGCCAUGUUGUAGACUAGGUUAGCUACUGAUUGCACUACAAAGUGAGAAUGGCAACGAGCACUAGUGUCUUGCCGCAAGGAAGGAAACGAUAUAGAAGCUCUAUUGUAGCCACUGAUCUGCUUAAGGGAUGGAGUCUCUCUUCGGGGGCGAGCUGGGCCUCCUGGGAGGGGGCGAGGGGCUAAGGGAUGACGGCUGUGGCUUGGGGUCGGGGGUCAACUGGUCGUCCUCACCCAUCCAAGACGACAUGUACCCCUCCCACUUCGCCCUGGCCGCCGCCUACCAUGACAUCAAGACGCGAUUGGCCAGCCUGGAGCGAGAGAACAGCAGCAUCAAGAGGAAACUGAAGAACUAUGAGGUCAAGUUCCCUAUGAUCAGUGAGUUUGAGGAGGAGAGGACCCUACAGUGCUGCUCCUGUGAACCCAAGGAGACGAGCCUACUGCAGUCAGAGACCACCAACCUGCAACAGAGAGUCAACUCCCUCACACAGGAGCUCCAGAAGAGUAAAGAGCGAGAGGAGAGGCUGGAGGAUGUGAUUCAGGCCUACGAGAAGAUCCACAUGGAGAAGAGUAACGUUCAGAGAGACCUGGACAAGAUGACAACACUAGCAGAGCAGCAUAUGGAGCGCAUCUGUGGUCUGGAGUCAGCUCUGAGGCAGAGGGAGGGGUCCCUGCAGAAACUCAGUGCUCAGCUGCACAGCAAGAACAUUCAUUACCUACAGCUACACACCAGUCUGGACGUGCCUCGCGAGCGGAACGGGCGGGGUCCGACCCUGCAGAGCUCUCGUAGUCUGGACGCCGUGUCCGACCUGAAGCUGCAGCGGUUGGAGGCGGAGCUAGAAGGGGCGCGGCAGCAGGCCCAGGGUGCAUGUCAGAGAGAGAAGGAGAUGAAGGAGGAGCUACAGAGGCUGCAGGCAGAGAUCAGACAGCUGCAGCAGAAUGUACAGAGACAGGAGGUGACCACACCCUGUGAGCACUGUGACAUGGAAUGGAUAAAGAAGGCAGGAGAUGAACAGGUGAUCCUGGCAUUGGCCUACACUGAGCUGACAGAGGAGCUGGUGCGUGUGCGAGGUCUGGCUGUCAAACAGACUGAGAUCCUCAGGAAGGCAUCCCACGAGCAGAUGGUCUUGAGACACUCCCCAGCCCCCCAGCGUCGCUCCCCGGCCUCCCAACGCCCCUCCCCAGACCGCCUCCACCCCUCUCCUCCCCUCUCACCUUCCUCACCCCCUUCUGGCCCCGCAUCCUACUCCCCAACAGGCCUCUCUUACUCCCCCACCGGCCCAGCCUCCUACUCCUGCCGGCCAACCAGCCAACGGCUGCGUGCCCACUUCCAGGGGCGCCGCAGCUACUCGGAGGUGGCUGACUCGUCUGCCCACCAGAGGCCCCCCCCCAGGCUGCUCCGUGACCCAGUCUCCACCCUGCCCAAGCCCAAGAACAUGGGGGAGUCUGGGGCUUAUUCCCGCCCGCCCAGGAUUUCCCUGGUGGGGCAACCCCGGCCGGCCUCGGCCCGUGGAGCUGUAGGUGCUGGUGGAGGGGGAGGAGGUGGUGGCAGCAGCCUGAGCAGUAGCCCCCACCACGCCCUGGAGCUGGGCUUCCCUCUAGCUGCAGAGGGGCGUCACUUCUGUCAUCUGAAGGAUCCCCCGGCAAACCCCCCACAGGUCACCCCGCCACAGUCGUCUGACGAUGAGGAGUGGAGGUGCCCAUCCCCGGUCUCCAGUCCUCCCAGGACACUGGGGGCCAUGGGGGUAAGCUCACGGGAAACCCCUCCCUGCCCUUCCUUCUUGGCCCUAAAGGACCCGGCUACCCUCGCCUGCCACCUGCCAGGGUACCUAAACGCAGACCAUGCCCAGUCCUGGCCCUCCAUCAAUUUGUGGAUGGAGACGGAGGAGAAUGACGCCCGGAGCUGCCCUCUGUGUCAGCUGACCUUCCCCACUGGUUACCCCGACGACGCCCUCAUCAAACACAUCGACACGCACCUGGAGAACAGCAAGAUCUAACCCCCCCACCAAGACACAGAUCAACUUACCCUGACAAAUUCUAACCUAAACCAUGAUCAGGAAAAUCCAUUGCAGAUCCCCUUUGCAAUAUGACACUCUAGGGCAGACUGCAUCCACUGAAUCAUCCAUCUAAAUUUAGAUGUGAUACUAGUCGUUUUCUAAACUGGAAAGUUUCCUAACCUCUGUAUUUGACCAUGUUAGUUUAGGGCUAUAACAAGGGCCAGUGCUGUUUCUGAAUGCUCCCCCUCUCUCCCAUGUUAUCAGGUAUGGUCUUUGACAUGGUUACCUCACACUGUUUUUAAAACCCAUCAAUAAUGGGUCACAGCCCAACUACAUGCUUUUAUCACAAAGUUUACACUGUCAAACCAGAAUGAACUCGUCACCCAGAGACUUUAAGGGCAUAUUCAUAAAAGAGGUACACAGCACUUUCUACAAUUUAGUUCUAAUGGAACUUUAAUAGUUUUCGUCGAGAUUCAAGAACAAUCUUUAAAACAUCUCACGUGUCUCUGUAAAAUGUAAUGAAAUAACAUGAAGUUAAGGGUGACAGAGGGGUUAGUGAUGAUAGCUAGAAAUAGUUGAGCUAUGGCAGUGUGUUGAGGAGCUAUGGCAGUGUGUUGAGGACCCUAAAACAGUGAUAGGAUGGCCCACUAUAGCUACCUUGUAAAAAAACUCCUUUAUACAUUGACAUUCAGGGAUUUAUGAUAUUGUACCAUAGUGAUUAAAACUAGGGAAAAUAACAGUCCGAAGAUGUUCUGGUUUGUAGGCGCUGUACAGUGAUUCCAGGCUGUUGUUCUCCGUGGAUGAUUUGUGAAUCUCAGAAUACGGACACUUUAUAUGCAGUUAUCUCCGGUACUUGCCUACAGGUUGUCAACACAAUUCACAGCAACACAUUUAAAACCCACCGGACAGGAAUUUGACAGAUACACAACACAUUACCAGAACAUCAGCUGAUUUCUCAACUCAGCCAAUUUGGAAAUUUGCACAGCAAUCAAUACGAUCCAAAGACACUGGAUGGGGAUCAGUACAUUGUCUUACCUCAGAUCUUUUGGUACUUAUCAAUCAGUUGAGGGACAAGCGUCGCGCAAGAGUGACGCCACCCGUCGAAAGACAAUGCCAUUAGUAUAGGUACCAUAGAAGGUAACACUGCAAUCAACUACAAUAAAAAAAAAACUUUUAAAAAACUGCUGGAUCGCUUCUAGAGGAAGACCAAGAGACUCUGCCAAUGAGACGGAACAGUACUGAGAUACAGGAGUGGAAUCAGAGGUGAAGGAAUGACAUUUGAAAAGGGACAUGAACCCAUGUGUUCACAUUGAAUUCCAAGACACUACAGUAUUCAUUUUUUGAAUCUUUUUGCCCCCCUUCCCCUUCCGUAGAAUCAUGGAGGCUUAGUUCUCCCUUUAUAGUCAUCUUUCGGGAUUUCUGUAACGCAAAUAAUAAAAAACUGAAUUUCAAAAAUGG